AUGGCUAUCCAUAUUACCCCAAUCAACAGUCAUACAGAUAUGGCUUCAUGCCCGGAAAUGGCGAUUACAAUAAUCCUGAACCUCAGCCAUCUGAAAGCCCAGAACCAGGCACUGACAGGGAGCCAUGGGGUAACAGAUCCUCAAAUGAGUAACCCUCUAGCCAACCAGUACUUGACACCAGAGGCAACUCCACGAAGUCAUUCCGGUCGCAUACAGCAGCGCCGUUACUCCCUGGAUAGAGGCCUCGAGAGAAAAUGGAAGCGAAUGUCAAGGGAUUAUUUCACGCCAGGCAGGAUUUUUCUUAUGCGCUGGAUUGAAAAUGCAGGGCAAACCGAUGGAACAAGGAGUGGAAACAGUGAGAUCAUCACGGAUGGACACGGCAACAGCUACUUCUGUACUCCACGUCGCAUGAUUGUACUUUCGACUAUUCCGGGCAGCAACAGUUCCACCUGUGUAGGCAUAUACACCUAUGGUGGGCAAGGAUUAGCGAAACAUGGUAUCCAUGUCGAAAGCCACGCGGUCCUGUAUGAUGAAGCAGGAGUAGGACCGCAGAUGUCCCGUGGAGAGCCAGCAGUCGAGCGGACGCCUCUGGCUGUCACCCUUAAUUCAUCCUCGGAGAGACUUGAUUAUAUGUCUCGUGCAAAUUUCGGAGACUUACAUACAGUUCAGCACAACGUUAAAAUCUGCCAUAUCGGCAAGAUUUCUGCCGACUCCAUGCCCACAUUUCACGCUUAUGUGAACGAAAGAUUUACUGCUAUCCUUAAGUGA